AUGUCCGCCACCGCCGAGACCGUCGAGCUGGGACCACCCCAUCCGCCCAAGGAGGAAUCCCUCAAAGUCUUCAGCGAGAUCGAGCACGAGCUCAAGAAGACGCUUCUGCACAUGAAGCACACAUACCAAAAGCACGAACCCGAAUACUUCGCCCCCGUCCAACCCCUCAGCGACGCGGCCCUAACCGCCUUCUCCUCGGCGGACCUAACCUCCGUGCGCGUCGGCGCCUCCGCCUACGGGCUGCACCUGUUCGGCAAGCUGCGCCUGCCGGCGAUGCCCGACUCGGGGCCCGCGUACGUCCACUUCCGCGCGUUCGUAGGCGGCAACGGCGACGGUCACCACGCGCCGGGCGUCGCCACGCUGCACAGCAUACACACCGAGGAUCGCGAGGAGCCCGACGGCGGCGGCGGCCACACGUACCGCGCCGUUUUUACCAAGGACGAUCCGCUCGAGUGGUUCGAUACUUGA